AUGUUUAAUAUCAUAUCCUUUCUCGCUCUCAUCCUUCCGAUCACUGCGAUACCGUUCGGCACAGCGCUGUACAGCAUAGACGACGUGGCAUCCAAAACGUGGACAACAGAAGAUGUGGCAAUCUUGCGCAGUCGCAUUUUAAUGGACCACUUAAUUCCAAAAAAUGUGGUCGGCGGAAAAUCGUUUCUAAAGUACGUACGGACAAUUGUAAACAAAUUUGAGAUGAUCUCCAGCGACAAGACGAAAAGAAUAGCCAUGGUUACGGCCUGCGAUGCGAUUGGUGCUUAUCUUCAAGGGGUGAUGCUGCCACACGUAAAGGAUGGAUAUUAUAACGGCCACGAGAGCUAUGCAGUCACCAAUGAGCUGUUCGCGUUGGAACGGAAGAUCAAGUUCAUUUUGGAUACCGACGGACGUGGUUGGAUGACGCCCGUAGACGCCGGACAGCAGAGCGCGGCCGCCGCCGCCUCCAAAAACGACGACGCAGACGAUCCCAUUUUCGAGGAGACGGAAAACGCGUGUGCAGCCCUCUUGACGAAUUCCGUACCGUCGGGCAGGGAAUUUAUCACCGCCGUGCCGGUACCAGCAUUCGACGAUAACAAGAAUCCGGGGUCGCUGGCGUUCCCGUUCGUGGUCGGCAAGCGGCUGUUCUCCGUAGACAGGCCGUGGCUGUCGAAUGAUGACCACGGUCCGCUGCUCGUCCGGUAUUACCGACUGGCCGUUGGCUGCACGUCACCAGCGCCCGAACAGUUCCGGGUGGACAUGCACCGUUGGCUGGACAGCGUGGUGGUACCGCUGUUGGCGGAUCGCAACCGGUGGUUCCCCGUGCUGGCCGGCGCGAAGCGCGUCGUCCGGGCCGCGGCCAAGGCGGCAAGCGUCGACGUUACCGCGGUCGGCCGUUCCAAGCGGAAGGUGACGGCGAAUGCGACGAUCGAGCUGACUGCGGCCAACGAUGACGGCGGCGAUGGUGAUGUCCGCCGGUCGUGCGACGACGGGACCGACGGCCAAGUGCCCAACGUAAACGUGUCCCUGGCAGUCAUUCUGUUGUCGCUCCUGUCCACAUGGUUAUCGUUUUGGGCAUUCGGCUUUGAACGGCAAUCGCAAACUGUGACGUACAGCAGAAAACCGGAUACUGGUUUCAACUUAUAG